UCGGACCAAUCAGAAUCAGCUUCAGCAUCAGUGAACUUCGAGGUCAGCGCAUCAGUAAUGUGCAGUGAGACACUAAAAGACACCAGGUUUCACUUUACUGUCGCUCUCCAGGUAAAUCCGCGGUGAGCCGCGUUAAUAACCAUCGAUUAAACCAAACAUGAGACCUGAGCACAGUAAAGAUUGAGAUGAAGGCUCGUGCGUAAUGCGCACGCUUCCUGAAAGAGACAACAUCGCCAACAAAAGAAACGGGCGGGCAGAUUUUCACAGUUUGCUGCACGAGUAUAAAGACCAGCACAGUUUUCAUUCAUGUAGGCUGUGCUCACUCGACCUGGUAAAACAGCUGCCUUCACCGCAGCUCCGUUUUUCAUGCGUCUUAAUGAUGACGUUUGUGAUUCUGCGUAAAAAUAUAACAGAUAAGACAGCCUCUGUUGGACUGGCGGGAAUUUCCCAAACGGAUGACUGUCAGUAUGUAAUAAUUAGGCUGAUAUAUCGGAGACCUUUCUCUUUAUGUGAUGGGGAGCGCAGUAUAAAAGGGCAGCUUGGGCGUUAUUGAUUGGUCCCUGCACUCUCACUGAGGCUUUAGACCGUGUGCAGACCCCCUCCAGCAACGUGCGUCUAUCGAGGAGCCAAUCCGUGACACCAGUCUGACUCAGUGAGUCGACUGUCAGUGCCAUGGCACCAUCACAUCCUCCGACCACUGGAUCCUCCGCGCUUUCUCAUUAGUGACAGCUCGCCGCUAGGGGAAUCAUUUUACGCGCGAGCAGCGAGUGUGGCGAGCUUCUGUCCUCCUGUUGCGCCAUGGAGAACUCCAGCCUGUCGGGUGUCGACGCACUAGAUCUUGGCUUGAUAGACUUUCUUACAUCGGACACUCUGAAACAAGAUGUGGAUUCUCCAAAGGACGCUGCCAUCACCGGGUUGGUGGCCAGUAGUGUCAUCUUCCUUGAGGGCAGCAAAUUCAGAACUGCCGGCGGAUCGGAGUUCAUGGUCGCUCCGCCGACGGAAUCCCCACAUCUGAUGCCCGCCUUUUGGGAUUCCCCGCUCAGUCAUGGAAUCAAUGUAUUUGUGGGACUUGUUCUUUGCUUCACCAUGUUGGGGCUGGGCUGCACGGUGGACGUUAGCCAGCUCGGAGAACAUAUCCGCAGACCCAUCGGGGUGCUGCUGGCACUCGUGUGUCAGUUUGUCAUCAUGCCCCUGGUGGCCUUUCUGUUGGCUUUAGCCUUCUCUCUGGAUGAUGUGGCAGCGAUGGCUGUUCUCCUCUGCGGCUGCUGCCCGGGAGGAAACUUGUCAAACAUCAUGUCUCUGCUGGUGCACGGAGAGAUGAAUCUGAGCAUCAUCAUGACCAUAUCUUCCACUCUGCUGGCGCUCGUGCUGAUGCCGCUGUGUCUGUGGAUCUACAGCCGGGCCUGGAUCAACACACCUGUGGUCAACCUCAUGCCGUUCGGGGCCAUCAUCCUGACCCUGUGCAGCACCCUCAUCCCCAUUGGUUUAGGAGUUAUGCUGAGGUACCGCUACACGCGUGUAGCCGACAUUGUUUUAAAGGCAUCUCUGUGGUCUCUGUUGGUCACCCUUGUGAUGCUGUUCAUCCUCACUGGAGCGAUGCUGGGGCCGGAGCUCCUGUCCACCAUCCCUCCCUCUGUCUAUGUGGUGGCUGUCCUGAUGCCUCUGUGCGGCUACGCUGCAGGCUACGGCCUGGCCGUGCUCUUUGACCUGCCUCCCAACAGCCGCAGGUCCGUCUCUCUGGAGACAGGAUGCCAGAACGUGCAGCUGUGCGCAGCCAUCCUGAAGCUGGCUUUCCCCCCUCAGAUGAUGGGCGGGAUGUACAUGUUCCCUCUGCUGUACGCCCUGUUCCAAGCAGCUGAGGCUGGCGUUUUCAUCCUGGCCUACAGGAUGUACAGGAAGAAUGUCCUGCACAAACCGGACCCCAUGGCGGACGGCGAGGACACAGAUAUAACAUACCAGAGGUUUCAAGAUGAGGACAUUGACUCAUCUUAUGGUGCUGUGACAGUGAGUGACCCAAACACCAUCAUGUUGGACCCCUGUCCUCCUGAUCCAACACCUGUUUAAUGUGGAAUUAAAAAAAAUAAUAAAAUCAGUUCAAUUAACGAGUGUAGGGAAGCAGAACAAGAUCUGCAAGUGGAUUCAUCACUCAUACAGAAUAACCUGCAGAACAGGUGGACCGUGCAGCAAAAUGCAGGCACUCAU